AUGAAGGCCUUGGUUACCACGCGCAAUAUUCUCGGCCGGAUUCUCAAUUUGAGUCUGGGCAAAUCAAUUGGACAGGGAGCUGAAGUUAAAGACGUCCCUACUCCGGCUAUAUCAGACCUGGAAAUUCUUGUUAAAGUCCAUGCUGUCGCACUCAACCCGACCGACUUCAAACAUAUCGAUAUCAUUUCCCCUCGUAACAGCAUCUGUGGCUGCGAUUAUGCUGGGACGGUAGUCGAGGUUGGGAAGAAUGCAAAAGGAGGAUGGAAAGUCGGUGAUCGCGUUGCUGGAUGUGUACAUGGAGGGCUAUAUCCCGACCGUGGCUCGUUCGCCGAGUUCCUAAAAGUUGACAGCGACCUCGCCUGGAGGAUCCCAGAGGGAAUCAGUGACGAAGCAGCAGCGACAUAUGGGAUAUCAGCCGUCACGGCCAUGCUGGCUCUCCACCAUCGACUCGGCGUCAGGGAUGGGGCUGGACCGCCGAAAGAACGGCCUAGUGUACUCAUCUAUGCUGCCUCAACCAGUGUGGGCCUUUACGCUCUACAACUUGCCAGCAGAGCAGGAUACACAGUUGUUGCGACUGCAUCCCCGCGUUCUUUCGAUCUUGUCCGGGAAUACGGUGCGGACAGGGUCUUUGACUACCGGUCGGAAACUGCAAUUCGGGACAUUACUGCAACCUUUCCUGACAUCAGAUUUGCUUUGGACUGCUUCUCUGAGGGUCAAUCAUCCGACUUUUGCGCCAAGGUAAUUGGAACGAAUGGCGGCAAGGUCAUUACGCUGCUUGAUACAGGAAAAUCGAAAGUUCCAGGAGUCGAGUGUGAGAUGAUUUUUGCCUACACCUUAUUCGGACGUCCAUUUGCCUGGCUCCCGCCGGUUGGUCCCAGCAGGCCCGCUAUUCCUUCACACCGUGAAGCUCUCGUUGAAUUUUACAAAGAUUUACCGACGUAUCUACCACAUCUCAAGCCUCCUCCAGUGACUCUGAUCGACGGUGGGUUUGACGGGAUUCAAAAAGGUUUGGAAAAACUCAGACGGGGGCAAGUUUCCGGUGGGAAAUUAGUUGUGAAGCUUUAA